AUGUCAUAGUUUUGUUAAUACAAAGAUCAUGAUGAAAGUCAAAUUAUUAGAGCAUACUUAAAAAUAGAUUGUAAAUAUUCAAGAUCUUUUUGUCAUCAUUGUAUAUUAAAACAUCAUAUUUCACAUAAUGAUGAUUUAAAAGCCUUUAAAUAAUUAAAUGAAUGGAUAAAACUAUAAAUGGAUUCAUAUUAAGACUUAACACAAAUUAUCAAUGAAAUUAUCUAAUUAAAUCGAGAAUUAUCAAAGUUUUUAAUUUCAAUUAAUAGAAAUUAAUAAAUGGAUUAUUCAUAAGUGUCACAACAGAUUAUGAAUGAUGAAAUUAAUAAAUUAAUUCAAAUUUAAUUAAAAGUUUUAUUAAUUCCUUUAAGUUUCUAAAUUACAUGA